CAACCACACUCAAAGUACAUAUAAAGUUCAUAUAAAGAAAACACCAUAAGAAGUGCAAACAGCAACUAAAUCGCUAACCCACCAACUCUGCACUACUCUCUUCUUGCUAUAUUGCAGUAGCAGAAAAGGAGAGGAAAUGACAAUUCAGCCAAUUUAAUUAAGAGCAAAAAUUGGAUCCAUUCAUUUCAGGGUUUUCUGUGCUGAACCAAGUCCACUAUCCAUCAGCACUAUAUGCCACUACCACGAUUAUAUACACACACGACCAGUAGUGCAGAUCUAUCUCGAACACUGCAAAUUCUGCUUUCUCUUAAUUCACGGAGAAAACUGAGGACUGACUGUUAAUUAAAGACAAUUGGAGAAUGGGUUCGUGGUCGUGAAAGAACGGCGGAAACGUGUAAACAAAAGAACUUUUAUAACGUUCACUUGCACAACAUGUGAGACAAUAAUAAACAAUAGUAACUGUCCAUUCACACAUUCAAAACAAAAGACAAAACUGUAACAAUAAGCAAAAUAUUAUGAGACAAAAGUGCGUUGCGCUAAUUGUGCCAUGUGCGAGAGUAUCUAGUAUGGCUUAAAUAGAAAUAAAUAAUAGUGAACAAAGUUUUGGAGGACUGUGUGGUUUAGAGUUUUUGGACUGGUUUUAAAUUUCUGGUGGUCGAAAAUUGGAGGGGUCGUGGUAGGUGGUAGAUACGGAACGACCAGGGAGUGGGAGGGGGUUGGGUUCGUCAUAUUUCCACGCAUACAUUUCUCAUUGUUUUGGAAACAUGGGAGCAAAUCUGUCCGAUGUUAGUAAUGGAGGGGGCAGCAGAGGUGGUGGCUUGAACAAUCCAGAUUGCACACAAGAUGAUUGCUUCAUAAAUGCGGCAAGGGAACGCAAGAAAAAAUGGUGGCGUCGGAGAACUUCACGCUCCACAGAUCCUGGAAGACCGCUACGAGAAAUAUUAAGUAGUUGGACAAUAGGGGAAGUUUAUGCGUUAAUGCAAGAAUAUGACAUGAUGACAAAAGAGAAGGAACUGUACAUCCAAUCUGAAUCAGCUCGGCCAAGAAUUCAAACAAUUCGCUCGGAUUUAGCAGAUCUAUUGGAUUUCAAAUGGAACUCCGAUGUAAACUUAUACUUAACUCCAGCCAUAUUUCCUGCGCAUCGUGCCAUACUUAUGCAACGAUCAAAAUAUUUUCGAUCUCUAUUGCACCACCAAAACGGAAUUGUGAAUGUCAACAUCGAAGACCCCGUAGAUAUUCCUACCUUUUCUAGUUUUAUUAGAUACCUGUACACAGAAGAAUCAAGUGCAGAGUUGGACAACUUUGCGGAUACAAUUUUUGGGCACAAUGGAAGAUCUCGAAGUCUCGAAGUUGACCUCCGCGAACUACUUCAGACAGCAAAAUACUCGGACGUUGUUUUAGUAGUGGGAGAUGAGCACAUUCCAUGCCAUAAAGCAGUCUUAGCUGCCCGGUCGGCGUUUUUUAGGUCCUUGUUUCAACGUCGAGGAAACUCCAAAAAUCUUGUACUAGACGAAACAGUAAUUCCAAAAAGAUACACUCGCGUUAUAUUGCAUUGUAUGUACACUGAUCGUAUCGACCUAAAUUUAAUUGAUCCUGCCCGCUCAGGAUUAACGGAAGUAGAAGCGUUAACUUUUACUGGACGGCUCAAUCCCGCUGGAUUCGAGGAAGCUAUGGAACUCUACCAAAUUGGUAAAUUUCUGGAAUUUGACCAACUCAGUCAAGCUGCGGAAGAUAUAAUUGUAGAGCAAUUGACAUACGAAUCUCUGCCAUCAGUAUUACGGUGGGCGUCUCAAUCAUAUGGUUCCAGUUGGGUUCGGAGACAAGCCAUGAUGUUCCUGCGAGAGGAAUUUAUAAAUUUCGUGGCAACCUCUGGAUUCUUAGAGUUGGAGAAAAUAGUUUUAGUGGAGAUGGUACAGUCUGACUUUUUACAGGCUUCCGAGGUGGAUAUUUUACAAAGUAUUUUGCGAUGGGGAGAACACCAACUUAUGAAACGCAUUGAAGACAGAGAACCAAAUCUACUAACCACAACCAGAGAUAGCGUGAGUAGGAAAGGAAUCAAGCGACGUGACCUCAACGAUGUUGAACUUCGUGAAAUUAUAAUUGAUCUCUUACGAUUAGUGAGAACGGAUCACAUAUUACUUAAUCACGAAGUCCUAAUCGCAGCAGUUCGGCGCGGAUUGGUCUCAAUACCUCCUAGUCAUAUGAUAACCGAAGAAAAGACGAAUCCCUGGAUAAAUUCUAGUCCAGGUUAUGUGCGUCCACGACUUUACACUCCAUUUUAUGAAGAGGCAAAAUCAUCAUUAAGACAACGAGCAACGACAGUCAGUUGUACUGGAGUGGGAUUAAGUGCAGUUAGUGAUCACAACCUUACGGCUACAGGGAGAAGAACACUACGGUCCAUCAUACCAGACACGCUCUAUAUGAUCGAGGAUGGGAGCACAGCAGUGGAAGGCUGUUCAUCGCAACAAUCAAAUCAGCUAGGCUUGCACAAUUCUAAUUAUUAUUCACGUGGAAAUGAACCCCUUAAACCCGGUGAUAUUGUGGUCGACGUCGAGACCCUUUCUUCAAUGUUGUACAGACUAAAGAAACUUCAGUCGCAUCAUAGAAGUUUUAACUUAGUUUCCCGUGAACGAGCAACUAAAUACUUGCGAUUGAGAGUAGUCAGAGAAUUCGGAUUUCCAGACUAUGUCGCAGAGAUGCUAGAAAAUCCUAAUCAGACCAAUAACCCAGCCCCGAACGACGAAUCUUGUUCGUUUGGAGCGAGUGGAGGGGGUGACUCGUCAUUGUCAAAAUCAGUUCCUUCAGAACCCAGUGCUUUGGAGAGUCAAAAGGGACCUUUCGAGCAUUUAAGUGGGAAAAUGCCAGAUAUUGCACUUCAUACGACUUCAUUGACGGCUUCAGACCAAUUCCGACUGGCAGAUGAUAUACUGGAUUUAGAUUUGGGCGACGGGAGCAAAAGUAAUAGUUCUAGACGGUCUCACCCCGUUCCAACUGCGGUUUCCUCAUCAUCAGCAACAACAUCUGGGGGAAUGCAAUCUCGAAUAAGUUCAUCUGGUGCUUAUCAUCAUCGCCAAUCGUCACUUUUACAUUCUACUAGGAACCUUAACGAAUUGACAUUAAAUAGCCAGGAGCAGUCACGUUUAGAAACUCGCCAACCGCAGAUAAGAGAAAAUAUUUAUACCUCCCAUUAUUUAUAGUCGUUAAACUGAAUACAGACAAAUUGAGACGAAAAUAAAGUUCAUCCAUAUACACCCACUCGUGGUGACGGUUAUACAGAUAUACGAAUUUGGAUUAUCAUUGAUUUACCAAUCGCAAAAGAAAUAAAAUGCACCCGUUUGCAUAUAUAAGUACA